CUUCUUUUGUUUGCAUACGUUGGAGAUCUACAUUUUUUUCUAACUUUAACCCUAAACCAGCUUUGCCACAUAAAAAACGUAUAUAAAGAACGUAAAUUUUGUUCAGGGAAAGCAGCAUUUAUAAAAGAAGAAAAAAAGAGUAGUGCAUAUGUAUUCCUAUUUCUUUAUAUCUAUCUUAUUCUAUACUGCAGUAGUUCAUGCCAAUGUGCUUUCUUGGGAUGAAGCUUACAUAAAAGCAGCAUUACUUGUGGAUCAGAUGUCACUAGAUCAAAAAGUUGCUAUCACCACAGGUAGGGGCUGGGCUAAUGGUCCAUGUGGCGGUAACACAUACCCUAUUAGUUCUCCUCAUUUCCCAUCACUCUGCUUACAAGAUGGUCCCUUGGGUGUUCGAGGUGCUAAUAAUGUCACUUCGGGUGUUGCUGGAAUCAAUGCUGCUGCUUCUUUUGACAAGAUGGCAAUACGAGCUCGUGCUGAUUAUCUGGGAAAGGAGUUUCGUGGGAAAGGGAUUCAUGUCCAACUAGGUCCUGCUGUAAACAUGAUGCGUAGUCCCAAAUCAGGAAGAGCAUGGGAAGGGAGUGGUGAAGAUCCGUAUCUUGCUGGUAUUGUAGCUGCUGAAUCCAUUAAAGGGGUUCAAGCUCACGGUGUUAUUGCUAAUGUUAAACAUUAUAUCUUGAACGAUCAAGAAUUAAAUCGGAUGACGAGCUCAUCAGAAAUCGAUGCUAGAACCUUGCAUGAAAUUCAUCUUUGGCCUUUUGCACGUUCUGUAGAAGCAGGCGUGGGAUCUGUUAUGUGCUCAUUUAACAAAAUUAGCGGUAUACAUGCUUGCGAAAAUGAUUACCUUUUAAAUACGGUGUUAAAAGGAGAGCUUGGGUUUAAAGGAUUUGUGGUAUCAGAUUGGUGGGCAACACAUUCUACCGUUCAGGCUGCAAACGGGGGUCUCGAUAUGACUAUGCCUGGUGAUAUAACAUUACCCACCUCUAUAGAUAAACCUGGAUCGAGCGAUUCUUAUUUUGGAAAAAAUUUGACAGAUGCUGUCAUUCAGAAGGACGUAUCUGAAUCUCGUGCAACUGAUAUGGCAAUGCGCAUUGUAGCAUCUUGGUAUAAAAUGCAUCAGGACGAAAAUUUUCCUCAAACCCAGCUGUCUUUUGAUCAACGCAAUUCUCCCUUCGUCAAUGUUCAAGAGAACCACAGAAUAUUGGUUCGUGAAAUGGGCGCUGCUUCUAAUGUUUUGCUUAAGAAUUUAAAUUUCACCCUUCCCAUUGUUCCAAGUCAAGUGAAGAGUAUUGCUGUUAUAGGCUCAGAUGCUGGACCUCCUCCUAAUGGUAUCAAUACAUGUUUUUUAAACUAUUGUAGUAACGGUACACUUGCUCAAGGUUGGGGAUCUGGAACUGCUGAUUUUCCUUACUUGAUCGAUCCUUUACAAGGCUUAAGAGAAGUUUUUGGGGACGCUAAAAUUAAGUCCACAUUGAAUGAUUGGGAUCUUCAUCAAGCGGCAGAAAUAGCCAAAGACGCUGAUUUUGCUUUUGUUUUCUCUAAUGCAGACUCUGGUGAGGGACUUCUUGGUAUAUACGGAGACCGCAAAAACCUUUCAUUGUGGCAAAACGGUGAUAAUUUGAUUAAGGCUGUUGCAGAUGCAAAUAGUAAUACAAUUGUAGUUAUACAUUCGGUUGGUCCUGUUCUAAUGCCUUGGAUUGAUCAUCCUAACAUCAAGGCAGUUUUGUGGCCUGGACUUCCUGGACAAGUGUCUGGUCAUUCGCUUGCUGAUAUUGUCACAGGCAAGGUAAACCCAUCCGGUAGACUUCCUUAUACUAUUGCUAAAAGGGAAGAAGACUACAACGUGGAUAUUGAUUUGGACCAAGUGGUUGAAUACAGCGAAAGGUUGCUCAUGGGUUACAAGUGGUUUGACCAUGCGGGUAUUGAACCUUUAUUCCCUUUUGGCUAUGGACUGUCUUACACCUCUUUUGAUUAUGAUGAUUUGAAAGUGAAAACCAGAGUGUUUUACAAUGAUGAUGCCAAAAAAAUAGUUUCUGAUGCCAUUGUGAGAGCAUCCAUCAAUGUCCGCAAUUGUGGUACAUACGAUGGCGCGGAAAUUGUACAGGCAUAUCUUUCUUUCCCCAAGAGCGCUAAUUCGCCUCCUCAACAGCUCCGUGGGUUUGAAAAAAUAUUUUUACAGAAAGGUCAAAACGCAACUGUUGAAUUCGACCUUCGAAAAACUGAGCUUAGUAUUUGGGAUGUCUCUACUAGCACUUGGGUUAUUCCGGCUGGUGAAUUUGCUAUAGGUAUUGGUGCUUCCAGUCGUGAUAUUCGUAUGUCUAUUGGAUUUACCUUUUAGACUUUGCGUAAUCUCAUUAAGCGGUUUAAUGAAUACACCCACUUUAGUUUAAUAAAAUUAUUAUUGUUUAAUCAUGCCUGAAA